AUGCUGGAGAACUCACUGAAAUUCAUCGACAUAAAGCACAAAAAGCGUCUGUUACACAUCGGGGCCUCUGCAAGCCCCGGGGCCACCCAGAUUAGUUGUGCCAGCUGUUUCCACGCCAGUUCCCUAAACAAACCAUGUCCACUUCUUAAAAACCCUGAAGCGGCCACCACUGUUCGUGCCCUCCUUGCCAACAGCAAGCUCCGGUUCCAGCUUGGAUUUACUUCUGGCAACCUGCUGGGAAUGUACCUGGCUCAGCAUGAUGACAUCCCAAACCUGGCUGACAAACCUGAGGAAAUUAAAAAGGACUUGGAAGCCAAGAAGAAACCCCACAGUUCAUGAGAUCACCUCCAGGACAGACCAAGUCUGCUCUUCUCGAGAGCCUCCUUUACCAUGUGAACCAAAGCUUUCACCUUCCUGUCUAGUCUCAGCGACUUUCCUCUUUGCCAGACCCUGCGUUGCCUUAGAGCACAAAUGGGGCCACAAGUGAAGAACUAUCCUUGCGUUUCUAACAUCCUCACCUCUUCCCUUCCUCCUUCCAGCCGCCUGGGAGGUCCUAAGACUGGAAUUAUGAUGUUCGAUUAGUAAACAUGAUCUUUAAUUAAUAUAUAAAAAAAAUUUGAAGCUCAAGUAUGGGGGAGAAAUCAGGGGGGCAGUUAACCACCAUUGUUCUUCCUAAAUGGGUGCCAAUUCCCAAUGCCAAACCGAGAAAGCACUUUCCAUUUCAGUCAAAACUCUACAUUAAAAAACGCUUCUAUGCUUGUGACGUUUUUCCUAUGACUUUUUGUAUGUUACUUGCUCUGAAUUUACAUGACCUUUGUGCCCCUUUUUUGGUGUACAUUUCUGAGUGUUUUAUCAAAGUAGAGAUUUGUGUGCCCACCACCACAAUCAGGACCCAGAACAGUUCCACCACCUCCAACUCCCCCGGGCCACCCCUCUGUAGUCACACCCUCCCCCGCCCCCUCUGCGGGAACCACUGGACUGUCCAUCUCUAAGUGUCCUGUGACGUUUUAGUUUGAAAAGACUCUAAAUUUAUUAAUGAUAUCCAUUUAUUAUAUUAACUUAUUAAUCAUAGAAAUUUCCUCAAAAAACUCUGUUAACAGAAAUGUGCUUCGUUGAGACACUAACACCAUUUACUUGUCUUUCAGUUUAAGAAGUCAUUUCUUUAGUGACCUCUAGUGGAAAGAAGGAAAUGUGGUAAAGUUGUCCUCAUUUGUGCCACAGGUUAGUUCCUUGUGUCCACUGGGAUUUUACGGAUGAAAUUUUUGUUUCCCUUCACCUAAACCAGCACUACUUCAACUCAAGUUGGAUUACAAAGGGCUCUCUCUAACCUAAGCUGUCAUUUUCUCCUCCCUUCACUAUACUGUCCAGGAGUUAAUCAACUUUUAAAUGCUCCGUCAUGCAGAGCAGACGCUCUGUACUUAACCGAGCUAAGCAUCUCCUGACUGGUCUCCCAUGUCUACAUUCCAUUAAGCUGAUCCCCAUAGACAACAGAGAGAGAGAGAAAGAGAGAGAGCUGCCUGUCCCCCGUUUUGUUAACUAAAACCGAAAGGCCCUCUAAUAUCCACUAAGCUGCAGGGAGGGGAACCUCUCUGGACUGACAUCACGCCCUUGCUGUCACUGAUCAUUCUCUGUGUCCCAGUGACAUUGCUGACUGUUCCCGGAAGAGAAAGAACCUAAGUCACACCAGGAAAUGAGUAGGUGGGAAACAGAAAAAUACCAGCAGGCCAUUUGGUUCGUCUGAGUCCAACAAACUCACUUGACAGUGAUGAAAAACUGAGCUGAGGAAA